AUGGCUGCGCCCAUAGAUAGAACUGGUUUACCUCUUGGAAAACUCGUUUUUGAAAAAUCCAGCUUUAAAAAUGAAAAGUCUAAACAUGAGGAAUUUACAGAAGAUCACCAUUUCAAUUAUACUAUCAGCUGUAUUCUACCAAAUUGUAACAGGAUCCCUGAAAUACUACAAUCCAGCUGUGUUGGAGAGAAAGUCUUCUUUGUACAAGAUUUACCAUUGAUAGAUGUAAUUAGCUUGGAUUUGAUAGAAGCUUUUAUUAAAAGAGGAAAAUUAAGAAUGUUAUCUCAUGGAGGAAAUAUAGAUGGUGAUGAUUGUAUAGCUGUUCUUCCUACAGGUCACAUGAUUUUACACUUAAGUAAAGACACAUACCAACAACUAGGCUUGGAAGGAAAACCUUCACAGUUUCCUAAAAGAAAGAAAUCUAAAUACAUUGUAGAUAUAGAUUUGACAAGUCCAUCCUUUAAACCAGGAAAAAAGGGUUACAACAGAGUAAAAUGGUGUUUUAAAGACAGACUUGAUCUCAAGUUUAAUUUUAUAGCAACAUGGACACCUUCAGAUGAUGAAAUCUGUCCUAGUUCUAUGCAAAAAUACUUUACAAUGAAAGGCUGCAAGUGUAAACCUGUAAAGAUCAAAUGUAACAUGAAGAAAUAUAAUGAUGUCCUUGUCCCAGAUAUUGACCCUAGCCUUGUGGAUUUUGACAAUAUGGACUAUAGUUACACUGAUGUUUAUGAAUGGCUGGGAGGAUUUUCAUGUGGAAUUGAUUUAUUAUGUAGUCCAGAUGAUUAUUUAUCAACAUACAGUUUUAAUGGUCCCACAAGAUCACCAUCAACAUGUAGUUAUGUGCAAUACAGUGGAUAUUUUUUCUGUCAAACUGUUCAGUCCACCAUUAAGUCUAUCAGGGAACACAUGGAGGAAUGGAAGUUACCAUGGUGCUCAGUAACGGUACAUGGAUUUAUGGACUCUCCAUUGUCAUGGAAACAGAGAGAACAUGGCUACUUUAACAAUGGAGACAAUUUAUAUACAUUUAUUAUAUUUCCUGACGAUACUUACUGGCUGUAUUCUGCUUAUGGGUCAUAUGAUUUAGUGUCAUAAAAUGUAUUUAAUAAAUUUGUCUUAAAA